AUGGACAUUCCAGACGACCGACUGGACAACUUUAUCACGGGGACCAACUACCAGCCGUUGCAUGUCAUCGGCGAGGGCGCGUAUGGCAUCGUCUGCUCCGCCGUCCACAUCCCCACCCAGCGCAAGGUCGCCAUCAAGCGCAUCUCUCCCUUUGACCAUUCCAUGUUCUGUCUCCGCACCCUGCGCGAGAUAAAGCUUCUUCGACACUUUCGCCACGAGAACAUCAUCGCCAUCCUCGACAUCCUCAAAUCGCCCUCCAUCCACGACUUCAAAGAGGUCUAUCUCGUCCAGGAGCUCAUGGAGACCGAUCUCCACCGCGUCAUCCGCACCCAGGAGCUGAGCGACGACCACAUACAGUACUUUACUUAUCAGACCCUCCGGGCACUCAAGGCCUUGCACUCGGCGGAUGUCCUCCAUCGCGAUCUCAAGCCCUCCAAUCUUCUCCUCAACUCGAACUGCGAUCUCAAGAUCUGCGAUUUCGGUCUUGCGCGAUCCGCGCGCCCACCUCCUGACGCAGAUGACACCAGCACUUUCAUGACGGAAUACGUCGCGACGAGGUGGUACCGUGCCCCCGAGGUCAUGCUCACUUUCAAAGAGUACACCCGCGCAAUUGACAUAUGGAGCGUUGGGUGCGUGCUCGCAGAGAUGCUCAGCGGACGCCCCCUGUUUCCCGGACGAGACUACCACCACCAACUCUCGCUCAUCCUCGAAACGCUCGGCACACCGACCAUCGACGACUUUUACGCAAUCAACUCGGAGCGCUCGCGCGAGUACAUCCGCGCCCUACCCUUCCGCCGCAGGAAGAACUUUGCCCAGAUGUUCCCCGGUGCGAAUCCGUUGGCGAUAGAUCUCAUGGAAAAAUGCCUCGCGUUCAGCCCCAAGAAGAGGCUCGAUGUCUCCGAGGCUCUCAAGCACCCAUAUCUGCUGCCCUACCACGACGUCGAAGACGAGCCCACGGCCGAACCGCUCGACCCGAGCUUUUUCGACUUUGAUAUCGGCGAGCCGCUUUCCAAGGAACAGUUGAAAGUGUUGAUAUAUGAAGAGAUUACGCGGACGGAUGAUACGAGACCGCCGUUGCCUCUUUCAAGCCCGUCGUGA